AGAAAUAACAGUAUUUGAGAAAGAAAAUAAAAAAAGUUUAGUUAUUGAAACCAAACAAAAUCUAAUGAUCUGGUACGACAUCAAAAAACACGGAGAAUUAUCCCUAGAAAAAGGAAAAAAUAAGACUCCUAUUAAACUUAAACUUAAGCCUAUUACCCAAGUGAACAGGCCGGAUCAUCUAAUCGUUGAAACGGUUGAAAAGCAGUAUCCCGAAUUAUCUUUUCUACCUGAUAGUGGAGAAAAUAUUGAAUUUUAUCGAGUGGACAAUGGAAUUCCUUGCCCGGUGAACAUGAAGAAUCAAAAGAAGAAA